AUGGUGUCAAGUACAGAUGAUGAGAAGUCAUCAUCGACAGUUACCAAUAAAUUCAAUGCAUUGCUCUAUCAGAAUCAAAGUAAUAAUAAUAACAACAGUCAUUAUGUAGAUGAAUCAGAUCAAUACAUGUCUACAACAUCUAGAUGUACUAGCAAGUUUAUCAGAUACAAUAUAAAAUCGAAAUCGUUUAGCAUUGUCGAGAACGUAGAGAAUUUAAAUCGUUACUACAAUGUCUCGAUAUGCUAUGACGGUGAAGAUCAUAUCUAUAUGAUUGGCGGCGGCAGAGAUUCUAUGCCCGAUGCCACGAUAGAGUCAUUCAACCUACACUCAUCGAUACUCUGUCGAACAAAACAAAUGGGAACCAUUUUUGAGAACGAUGAAAUCGAUCGUAAAACAUUUGGAAGUAUAAUCAUUUAA